UUGUGAUUGCUUCAGUUUUUUUUUUUCUCGGGUGGGGAAGGACUGAAAUAUUGCUCGCCUACCCAUGAAUCCAUGAUGGUGCUUAGGUAACUUUAGGCCUCGAACCUACUCCUCUGUUUGUUGGUGUGAAGAUAGAGGGUGUAGACUUGUAGUUAGUGUUUCCUAGGCUUACACCAUGGUAGUGCGGGUUAGCAGCGAGAGCAGAAGGGAGAGAGUAGGAAGAAUGUUACUCUUCCUUUACUUGAUGGCCUUGAUCCCAUUCUCAUCCGCUGCUUCUGGGAUGCGCAUUUCCCGUCAAAAGUUGGAAGUGCAGAAGCACUUGAAACGCCUCAACAAGCCCGCCGUUAAGAGCAUCAAGAGCCCAGAUGGAGAUAUCAUCGAUUGUGUCCAUAUUGCUCAUCAACCCGCUUUUGAUCAUCCUUUUCUGCAAAAUCACACAAUUCAGAUGAGACCUAGCUUUCAUCCAGAAGGGCUUUUCGAUGAAAACAAGGCCACUACAAAGGCCAAACAAAGUUCAAACUCUAAGACCCAGCUAUGGCACAUAAAUGGAAGAUGCCCAGAAGGAACCAUACCCAUCAGAAGAACAAAGAAAGAUGACAUUCUCAGAGCAAGCUCAGUCAAAAGGUUUGGAAGGAAGAAGCACAGAGCCAUCCCCCAGCCCAGGUCAGGGGAUCCUGACCUGAUUAAUGAAAGUGGUCAUCAGCAUGCGAUAGCCUAUGUUGAAGGAGACAAGUAUUAUGGAGCAAAGGCAACCAUAAACGUUUGGGAACCCAAGAUACAGCAGCCCAACGAGUUCAGCUUGUCUCAGAUCUGGAUCUUGGGAGGUUCUUUUGGUCAAGAUCUCAACAGCAUUGAAGCUGGUUGGCAGGUUAGCCCAGAUCUCUACGGAGACAACAACACGAGACUCUUCACCUACUGGACUAGUGAUGCUUAUCAGGCCACAGGUUGCUACAAUCUUCUCUGCUCUGGCUUUAUUCAGAUCAACAGUGAAAUAUCGAUGGGUGCAAGCAUCUUUCCUGUAUCUGGCUAUCAUGGUUCCCAAUAUGACAUCAGUAUACUUGUCUGGAAGGACCCAAAACAAGGGAACUGGUGGAUGCAAUUUGGGAAUGACUAUGUAUUAGGUUACUGGCCUUCCUUCCUCUUCUCAUACUUGGCUGAUAGUGCAUCCAUGAUUGAGUGGGGAGGAGAGGUUGUAAACUCAGAACCAGAUGGUGAGCAUACAUCAACUCAGAUGGGCAGUGGCCAUUUCCCUGAAGAAGGCUUUGGUAAGUCAAGUUAUUUCAGGAAUAUUCAGGUUGUUGAUGGAUCCAAUAAUUUGAAAGCUCCUAAAGGGAUUGGAACCUUCACUGAGAAAUCCAACUGCUAUGAUGUUCAAAAUGGCAACAAUGGUGAUUGGGGUCACUACUUCUACUUUGGUGGUCCUGGGAAAAACCCCAAUUGCCCAUGAAGGAUGACUCCAAGGCCUCUCUCUCUCUCUCUCUCUCUCUCUCAACCCCCAUGUAAUAUUCGAUGUAACUUAAUCAUACACCCUUCUACCUCUUAGGUUAGAUCAGUAACAUGUUAAUCUUUCCUUUUGCUUUGUAUUGGGAAGUUUUGACUCUUAGUUUCCAAUCGCCCAUAAGAAGUUAUGGAGCGUGGGUCAAGUUUCUUAAGCCAAGGAGGAACAGGCCUUUGUCUCUUAGUCUUUUAGUCUUCUUUGUAUGUGUUUCCUUCUCUCUGUGGAGUGGUUUGUUAAUGGAUGAAUGAGAUUUUGAUGCUAAA